AUGUCUGGCGAGAACCGCGAAGAAACUGGCCUGCCGCCCAACUGGGAGGUCCGCCACAGCAACAGCAAGAACCUCCCUUACUACUUCAACUUUGUCGACAAGGCGUCCCGCUGGGAGCCGCCCGCCGACACCAACACCGAGCAGCUCAAGCUGUACAUGGCCAAGUACCACUCGGGCCACCCGUCUGUGCCUGGCGGUGGUGGCGAUGCCGCCGCCGCGCAGCAGCAGCAGCAACAGCUGCAGCAGGCUGGCAAGAUCCGGGCGGCGCACCUGCUGGUCAAGCACCGCGAGAGCCGGCGGCCGAUGAGCUGGCGCGAGGCGGAGAUUACGCGCACCAAGGACGAGGCGCGGAAGAUUAUCGAGGGCUACGAGCAGCAGAUCCAGCGCGGCGAGGCGUCGCUGGGGGAGCUGGCGCUGACGGAGUCGGACUGCAGCAGCGCGCGCAAGCGGGGCGACCUGGGGUAUUUCGGCAAGGGCGACAUGCAAAAGGAGUUUGAGGAGUCGGCGUUCAGCCUGCGGCCGGGCGAGACGAGCGGCGUGGUGGAGACGGCGAGCGGGCUGCACCUGAUCCAGCGGUAUGUUGUACAGGGUGGUGGCGAUGGCGGUGUGGUGACGUGA